CUGCGGGAAACGGAGAAUCUGCGAGUGUCAGUGCAAUCCGCGACGCGAUGCCCUUCGCUCCUCGGGUCCGUGCUUGAAGGGCGGUGAAUCGAGGGCGCGCAGUGCGAGUGGCGAGACGGCUGGCCGACUUCUUCCGUCGUGUUGUCGCGAGCGAGCGAGAACUACCCUCUGUGCGUGACUAACAAUUCUAAGGAAAGAGUUUCCGUUCAUCACAUAAAGCUCCGCUUCAAUCCGGAAUAACUCAUGAUGACGAGCGAAUGGUCGCGCGAUCGGUCGUCGUUCUCAUGACGAGAAGAUGUGUUAGACGUGAGUGAGAAUCGCAAAAGCGGAUCAAGUCCGUGGUUAUUUCGAAAUGAGCUUAGUUGCAUUUUGAUCAUCCUCGCGAGAUUCUGUUGUUAUAGAUCUGCGAAGGAGCGAUCGAUCAUCGAUUAUUCGCAAUAAUCGUGCGCGUCGAUGCAACUCUCGAUGGUACGUGGUUACGCGGGUCCUCGUCGAUAUGCCGGAGGCUCCUAUUGUCGCGAGAUUGAAAAUUAUGCAAACAUAAUUUCCGAGACUCGUGCCCGGUCGUGGCUUGCCAAAGAAACGCCGGUCUGGUGGCGUCCGUUCGCGCGUUCGCCAUUAUCGGAAAACAGCGGCGGGAUGUUCGAAGUAAAUUUGAGAUACGCAUCCCUUCUUAACCCACACUUCACUUUUUUCUCCUCGUCGCAUCGGCGAACCUUUAAGCAACCCUCUUCCGUCCCCUUCGUUUUCCAUUCGCCAACUUCUUGCACAACUUCCCGUUUAAAUUGCGUUAGAAACUCGAUUUGUUAUGUGCGAUAAUAAUGAUUGAAAAGUUUGGCAACAAUUAUCGAUUAAGUCUGAAAUACGACUUUUUCUUCUGUGGAACUUUUUCCGAUUAUUUUCUAGGUAGUGUGCCUCUCUGGGUCUUAUUUUUUCGUCGUUUCAUGCCCGAAAAUAAAUUAGUUAAAAUUUCUUUUAAUAUAAGCAGUAGUUUUUUUAAAUUUUAAAAUUAAUAACGAAGAAUCAUAAAAAUUUCCUAUAUUAGGAAAUGAAACAUUCCGUCUGUGAAAUAAUACCUCUAUUGUUCUUUUGAUACCAGCCGCCGGGAUUUUGUCGACUCACUGCUCUUCCCUUCAGCGCCGCGCUGUCUUAUACAUUGAAGUUUCAGCGGGAGUUACCGGCCAAAUUGCAUUCAGGACUCGAUUCCGUGGGGAUAAUAAUAAUGAUCGGAAGCUCUUACGGCAAUUAUAAACGUGGAAACUUAGUAUGGACGAAAGUUCGUCGCCUGUUCGCGUUCCACUAUCAGUAUUCCGAUCUUAGUAACGUUAGGAACAAACGAGGUGAGACAAUUAAAUAUAUCUAUCGCUCUCCCUAACUCAACUAAUAUUAGUCCGCAAAUCGAUAUUUAAUUACACACGACAAAGGAAUAACACGACAAAUACGAUUUAAUUUAAGAAUGUACAAAUAAUCUUCCCAUAAUCUCGGAAAAUCUCGCAUCAAGUAUUCAACGUAAACCCCAAUUUUAUGAAGGAAACAUCCUGUGUAAAACGAAAAACGGAUAUAUUAAAUAACAAUAAAGAAUUUUAUUGGAUAUUAUUAAUGAAGGGAUUAAAUUCGGUAUUUUAAAACAGACAUUAAUACUCCACGUGGCGCGAUUGCUCCAAAUAUAAUUACGCGAGAUUGGAAACUGAGUGAAACCGUGCUAUUCAUGAUUGGAAGUAUUACGAGAGCUUGUGGUAAACUUCGAGAGAAACGGAAGGAUCAUCAAAAGCGCGUAAUGGAUCAUACUGGACAUGUACUAAUUGAUAAAAUAUUAGCAGAAUUCAGUGCAAAUGUAUACAUAACGAGUACGUGAUUAAUAUUAAUUUACGAGAACACGCAUAAAAGCUCCGCGCCAACAUCGAUACUGCGCGAUUGGAUAAAAUUUAACGGCGGAUCUCGUAUCGGCGGAAAAAGCUUUUUGAUCCGGACGAAGCCACUGGGGGAUUUAGCGAAAAACGGAUAAAAAUCCACGCGGAGGCCGUCAGACAGCAGAGAAAGACCAAAGGCUAGCAGAAGGCCCGUGCAAAGGAGAAAAGACGGAAAAUGGUGGAAACGGUCCGGCACACGUUACGGGCAUAAAAAAGACAGGGUGCAGAGGAGCGAACGAUAUUCACCGGCCGUGACGUAUUGUUGUGCGCGCGCUCCCGAACGGAACGUAAAGAAGAAAACCGGGAACGAGACGAACGAGACGUGGCGAACAAAAGCGACCCGGAGUAACGAAGGCAUGCGGAAGCCAGGGGAAGAUGAUAUUGAGGCGAGGAACUGAUUGAAAAGAGAGAAAAUGGCGACUAUCGAGGCCGCCAGUGAAAUGAGUGCGGUACGCCGGGCGGUAUGGUUCAGCGCCGUACUAUUCGCAGCGACUCCUUUGGCCUACACUCAAGUAACGUGGACGCCGAUCUACGUGGGAGGAUACAGUCAAGUUGAUCUCUGGACACAGAGCACCACUGGCUGCGCCUGCAGCUUCAACUCGUCCAGCUACGAUUGCGCUUGCUGCGUACCAUCAGGUGGAUGCAGCUGCGGCGCAGCUUCGCCUGAUAGAUGUGCUCAGUGUGGCUUGGAGCAACAUUGUGCAAACAUGUGCAACAUAACGCUGGACAGCAGGCAACUGUUCAGCAAAUCGGAUCGUGGCUUCGGGCAAAUAAAGUCGCCGUAUCUUCAAGGGCCCUCGAGGUGUACAUACAGAUUCGUGCCGGAUACUGGGCAGCGGGUCGAGCUGCAGAUAUAUCGGCUGGUGUCCAUCGGCCGACACAACGGCACCGCGUGCGAGGGCGGCUGGCUUCAGCUCGAGGGUAGCGCUCGCGUUUGCGGUCGUAAUCAACGCUUCGACCGACCAGUUGUGCUCUUCUCGGACAAGCCGAUCGCGACACUGAACAUGCAGAUAAACGAGAACACAACGCGGUCCCAGUUCCUGGCCUACUUCAGCUUCUCGUCGAAAGCGAGCACGUCCGUCGGCUGGCCGGUGAGAGGCGGACAUCCGGUCAACAAUACGGAAUGCGACUCCGUGUACGAAGACACGGAUUGCCACGACGGAUGCGUCCUAGCCAGUCCCGGAUAUCCUGGGCUGUAUCCGCCGAACAUCCGUUGUCGGUACCUGAUCACUUCUGGCCCGCGGAUCUCCAUCGCCAUCAACUUCACGGCGGUGCUUCUUCCUUACAACCACUGCACCAGCGACUAUAUCGCAGUCUAUUCGGGUCCGACUACAUCGAGCCCGUUGCUGAAAAUGCUUUGCGGUAAAGAAAAGACGGCGCUGACGUACGAGGGCGAGAAGCUUCUCGUGGAAUUCAGAACCGGUCCCGAGGUGCCACCAUUCGAUUACAAUGGCUUCGUCGCAACGCUGAAUUUUAUAGAAAUGACGACGGAAGCUCCAACGACAAUCGCCACCGACAAUAUCAAUAAGAGUCUGGAAAUGAUGAGGUCCGGCAGUUACAACAACCGCGACCUCCACGACCACCGCAAGGACCAGGGCGCCAUGAUCAGCAGCUGUGACCUCGAGGUGAGCGGCGAGAAGGUCCGGGCUGGCCACCACGACACCAGGGGCAAGCCUAAGUCCACGACUUGCAGGCUCGUGCUGCGUGGUCGCGCUUACGACACCGGACACGUUUCCCUCGCCAGUUACAACCUCAGCGCGCAGUCCUGCCAGUCGGCGAUCGAGAUAUUCGACGGUUCGCCAGAGAGCGGGAUACUGGAUACCACUAACUCCUUGGAGAGGAUCUGCAGCCCGGCGCAGUGGCUCCCGCGGGAAUCCGCGGGUCAGGAUAAAUACGUCGAGCCGAAGCGCUACUCGUCCAACGGCCGGGACAUGACGGUGGUUUUAAGGAGAGCCUCAAACAGCCCCACCGACGAGGAAUACAUGGAGGUCUCGUACUACUUCCACGAUGAACGCGAGGGUGGCACUCAGCAACCGGCCAGCGUGUGCGACGUCGAAUAUUACGGAUUGACGUCACCCGUGGAGGGUUCGGUGGUGCAUCCGGAACCGCACCGAUUAUUCGCCAUGGAAGGCCCAGUGAAAUGCAGGCAGCAUUUUAUACCGGCACCAAACCAAUCGGUGGUCAUUACCGUGAAAGGUAGCACGAAACAGACUCCAAACAACCCGUGCGAAACCAAGUGCGGCGACAGUGGCUGCCACUGCGUCAGCAAGUCCCUGGAGAGCAUGGACCAUCUUCUGCUCGUCUCUGAGACCGGGCACAUUGUCACAUGUCUCUGUGGAAACUACCAGGACUGGCUUCCGGUGGGCAUCCGUAGCUGGACCCCGGUCUACAUCGAGUGGUCGAGGUCGUCGAGAGCGGGCCUCAAUUUCCACGCGGCCUACAAGUUUGUCAAUGACACUUACUGCGGCGAUCACACGACAGCGGAACCGGAAGGCGAGGUCAAUGGCGGUGAUCUGGCGAGCGCCGGGCUCAAGCUGAAUCAGUAUUACCAGCAGAAGUGCACCUGGAUCCUGGACUCGCCAAUCGACCGGCAGCUCGUCAUCGAAGUCAAGUCCACUCAGAGCCGACCAUGCACGGCGUGGAAUCUGACGAUACACGAGUACAGAAAAAACGGCGAUCCAGCCGGACAAAGACUGCACACGUUCUGCUCGAGGGACACGCACAAGAAUUUCACCCUUCCAUGGAAGAUGAAUACCGCGGUGGUUAGACUACAAGCCCUCGGGAGAACCGCCCCACAGUACACGAUGAGAUGGCGAAGUCACACGGUGAUCGCCAAUACUCGCAAAAGCGGACCAUCGCCAGCUCCGAAUCAUGUGAUGAGCUCCUCGAGCAAAGUCGACCUGCGAGGACCAACAGUCAUCGUCGCGUUCGUUAUUCUACUCGCGCAUCCGUUCGGUUGUUGAGAUCGUUCAUCCCUCGCGUAUCGCGUCGCACACGUUCCUGUUUAAAGAACGAGCCUAAAUUGCAAUCCCACGUGUAUAUACUUAAACAGUGAAGACUCACGUCGCCGGUCCUUAUUUUACGUCGCUCGAUAUGAGACGUUUUAAAGACAGCACUGACACGGCGAUCGAGAGUCAGCAUUUCAUUUCGGGCUGAUUCGUUAACGUCAUCGCGUCAUUUUCACGGACGAAAAGUAUUUCACAAUGCGAGAAGGUUUCACACUACACACAUUACACAUGAGGAAUAAUAUCGGUGAAGUGAAAAUGAAUAUAAAAUUUUCACCGAUCUCCACUAUAUUUUUCACUCUGCAUAUAUACGUCGAAGCUUUCGCGGUAUGCGAUAGAAAGUUAACGAAUCAGUUUUAUAUAUACAUAUAUAAAUAUAUACAUAUAUAUACAUAGUCGAGAAUCAUACGUAUACAUAUGCAUAUUAUAAGACACACAUACAUAUACAUCGGAAUUAAGGAGAGAUGAUCGGCACAUGUAAUAAGCGCGAUCAGCUCGCGCAAUCGACUGUCACUCGAUCGAAAGAAAUGAGAUCUGCAAAAUUGUUCAUUUUGAAAUUGUUUAUUUCUUAUUCGUCAAUUGAGAAUUUUUGCUCCGCAAGAUUUAUUGAGUUGAAUGAGUUUGAUUAAUAAAUGAUUUAUUCAAAGAUCUCACUAUUAUAUUUCUGACAAGUUCAACAUUAAAAUGUAAAUAUUGUUUGUCAAUAUUUGUUAAUUUCUCAAUACCGCAAAAUUUAUUUACUUAAUUUCCAAAAUAAUUCGAUAAAUUAAUGAACAAAUUGCUGGAUUUUUAAUACAAAUUUUAUACAAAUACAAAUGUAAUUGUAAUAUUAAAAUUGUUUUAUUUGAUAAUUUCUAAAAUAAUGCAUAACGUCAUCUUUUUCAUGUUUUCAUCACAUUUCUUAUAUUUUUAAUACCUGGGUUAAGCAUAUUAGAAGUGUGAAACAGGGAAGCUAUGAUGUGUUUAUUCGAAAAUAUUUUGUAUUGGAAUAAUUUCGUUUUCCAUAUUUGUCAUAACUAAAGACAUUGUAAUAAUAUGCGAAACGUUUGAAAAUUUUUCGACAUCUCGGAAGCAAACAAAAAAUCACUUUUUAUCGGAAUCUGAAAUCUUCAUAUCUUUUUAAAAAGUUAGGAAUAUAUAUGAAAGCGUAAGAAACAUUUAUUUCAUUCAAAUCAUCUUUGAAUUAAAUAAUUUUUAAUUGCUUGAUUUAAGUUUUAAUUAAACAAAUUUUUGAUAUUAUCUUUUUUGAUAUUUUUGAUUGAAAAACAUAAAUCCAAAUAGUUCGCAAUUUUAAAAUACAUCAUACCUACAAAAAAUAAGAUGUAAUAAAAAUGCACAAAUUAUUUUUAAUCAUACUUAUUACUAUAACAAUAAUAUGUUGGUAGAAUAACAAAUGACAAUCAUAUUAUACGCUCAGCGACAAAAAUAUUUGCAUUUUCUUCACAAAAUACAUUUCAAUUUUGAGAAUACAGCAUUUAUUCUAAAAAAUUAUAAAAGUCAAUAAAAGUGCACAGAAUAUUUAUUAUCACAUUAAUUUUUAUUAUUAUUGCAACUGACAGUUAUAUGCGAUAUAAGGAAAUGUAUGGAAAGCUACGUUUGUACUACGCGAACGCUUGAACGGUUGAAUCUAGGAAAUACCCAAGAGUCCAUGUGUUAGUAUUAAGAAAACAUGCGAUGCAAAGAGUUACGAAUUUUAGUUUUCGAUUCUUCUGGUCGUGCUUUCCCGUUAUGUAGGGAAUCCUAAGUAUCAGGAGAAUAUGGCUCGAGUAGGUGGCUAAUUUCUUACAGCCGUCGACAAAACAGUAUAUCUUAAAACGUAUCAACGCCUUUAUCGACAGCCGCUCGAAAUAAGUCAUUAGUGUCAUCUAAUCAAACUGUAUUCAUAUUCUCCUGUUACUUGAAAGUAUGAGUAAUAUAAGGAAUAUGAUUAAAAGAGAGUUUAAAUUUAAUUAAAUUUACUUCGUUGUGUGCAUGCUCUCCUGAAACUGAUUCAUAGAUUCUCAGGCAUUUCGUCCAUUCAUCCAAACGACUCGCCUUACAAACGUAGUCUCCCUCACAUAUUACCUAAUAUUAUGCUAUUGAUAAAAUAAAAAUAAUUAUAGUAAUAAAUAUCUUUUUUUUGCAUUUUUCUUGAGUUUUAAUAUUCUUUAGAUUAAAUUUUUUAAUUUGAAAUUGUGGGGAAAAUGCGUAUAUUUUCAAUAUCAAUCAAGUUGCUUCGAUCGAAUAAUAACAUAUACACGAUUGUUAUAUUCCGAUUAACGAUUGUUUUGUUGUAAAAAAAAUAUUAUUUUUAUAGAUUUUUCUUUUAUGUUUUCAAAUAUGAAGAUUUUAAAUGAUGUAUGAACGUAAUGCAAUGUAAAUGCAAGAAUUACAUAUUUUAUAAGAUGUUCGAAAAAUAUUCUCUUUCAAGCAGUUUAUAUUGUAAACGUUUUCCUGUAUCGUUUCACCUAAAACGUGGAAUUUACUUAUGUGGAAUGAACGUUUCGAUGGAAAUCAUUAGUUCCAUAUACAUAUUCGCUAAUUCGGGAAUUCUUCAAAUACCGAAACAGAGAGAUCGGAAUGUCCACAAUUAGAGAAAUGGUGGAAAACGGGAUUUGAACGAGAAACAUUUCCGAAUAAAUCCACACUAUAGUUCCCCUGGGAGAAGUAGCGGCUCUGUAUAUAUUAUACAUAUAUAGAGAAAAUUAAGAUAUUACACACACACACACACGAAGAACGCGAUGCACGGAUUUGAAGUAGCGAAAGAAGAAUCACACGUCAUCCCUUUCUCUAUCUCUCUUUCCCUCUCUUUCACGCGCGAAUGCCAAAUUACACGUGUAAGAGAUUACAACCACGUAGCCACGUGUGUACAUAUAGGUAGCGACGUUAAUUAGAAUUUGUACAGAACACGAUUGAUUGUCUACCCUAAGUCUACGCGGAUCUACUGUAAAGUAACGAUAAGAUGAUUAUUAUUAAUUAUUAAUAAUUAAUCGCGGCACCGAACGAGAAUCGAACAGAGUGUAUUUUAAACGAACGAGCUUCGCGUGCCCACGGCACCCCGGCGAUUUAUUGUUACACGUUUUGCCGGCCGAAAGGCACGGGGUGCCUUUACCCCCCGUGGAAAUUGUCAGUCCGUUUCCUUCUCGAGGAAAUCGCCGAUAUCGUAACGUCACGCCGGACACUCGCCCUCCAGAUAUCCCGCGGGGAGUAGGACACCCCGAUCCGCUAUCGAACUCACACGAUUAUUUAUUAUCGAGAUAAAAUGAUGAUAAACGCUAGGUCGUUAAAAUAUUUAAUAUUUCGUACGUACGUUAUGUACGUGCUAAUGCCAGCCGGUAGAACGAACCAGAGAUCGUCUAACAACUGUACAACAACGUGGGAGAGCGUUUCUAUACGAAUUUUUCAUUGAUUUUUAUAUAACGAACCCACACGAGUUUGUGGCAGUUUUCUUUUUAUACGAUGUCAUGUAAUUACGUAUCACGUAAUGCGACGUGUUGGCCUAAGUAUAGUAACACUAGUCAGUGUCUCGCACAUUUCUCUCCGAAAGAAGCUUUGUAUUAGACGCACGCUUUCGCGUAAAACAUUUUAUAUUAUUUUUUCUGCUUCACACACGACGCGUUUUCGCGACUUUAUCUCAUUUAGAUACGUUUAUGGUAUGAAUAAUGGUAGAAUAUAUUUUGAAAUGCCCAUCUAAGGAGCUUGACGCUAAAACGCCCGAUAUUUUCUUAAAAAAGAAUUUAAUUUACAAGGAUUUACUAGAUGAUCGGUAAAUUCUGGGCGUUUUGGUGCGUAAGCUACGUAACUUAGAUUCGAAAAUAUACUUUGCACAUAAUUUAAUUCAAUUAAAUAAAUUUAUUUAAAGUCAUUUCUUUAUCUUCUAUGACAAAAGAAAAGAACAUUCACACUUUUAGAGUAGAGUGAGAGGAAUUGAAUUACUAUCGAAACAAUACACUUGCCAUGGUAGAAGAAUUCCUUUGACGAUUUUAGUCUAUUGCCACUAACGAAUUAGUCAAGUAAAUACUUUUUAUAUAUCGUUACUAAACGAAGCGAAAUUCGUGUUCAGUGUCAUUCAUGCAACAAACAGCACCUGCUAAUAUAUUAUGUUGUAAUGCGUAAGCUAAGCGAAGUAUAUUCGUCGAAGACCUCGUCAAAACAGACAUGAAAGUCCUUAUCUACUUAAUUGUCGCAGAAUCGACUGAUGUAAGGAGACCCGAACCCAGUCCCGGUGCACACAGCAAUGUAAUUUAUAUAUGAGGAACGUAGAUGCGUGAGAAACUUUGCGAGCGAUUAAUUUUCCUCAGGACACAGACCUUACGAUGAACGUUACGCACCUGUGUGUUCAACAUUUGCGUAUUUGUAGAGACGUUGCGUUUGAUAUUCUUACCGCGCGAUAAUAUGCGAUAGAUAACUAUUCAUUUGAGAAGCAUAUCGGUUUUACACAAGACACGUGCGACCUACGAAAGAGAAAUACGUGUUACAUGUACUAGCCGCGUAUACAUAAGUCACAAUAAAUAGUCAAUUGUUUCAUAUAAAGUCUAAAUAAAGUAAAAUGAAACAU